AUGCACUGUGGCUGCAUGGCCGACGGUGUCCCUGCCAUCGCUGGCAACUCCUGGAUCUCAGGCCUGGCCUUCCCCGACUGGGCCUACAAAGCCGAGUCAUCCCCAGGCUCCCGGCAGAUCCAGCUGUGGCACUUUAUCCUGGAGCUGCUGCAGAAGGAGGAGUUCCGCCAUGUCAUCGCCUGGCAGCAGGGAGAAUACGGGGAAUUCGUCAUCAAGGAUCCCGACGAGGUGGCCCGCCUCUGGGGCCGCAGGAAGUGCAAACCACAGAUGAAUUAUGACAAGCUGAGCCGGGCCCUGAGGUAUUAUUACAAUAAGAGGAUCCUGCACAAGACCAAAGGCAAAAGGUUCACUUACAAGUUCAACUUCAGCAAGCUCAUCAUAGUCAACUAUCCCCUGUGGGAGCUGCGGGCACCCCCAAGUCCCCACUUGCUGCUGGGGGCCCCUGCCCUGUUUCGCCCGGCACUGGUGCCCAUGGGCGUGCAGAGUGAGCUCCUGCACAGCAUGCUGUCCACCCAUCGGGCCAUGGCAGAGCAGCUGGCCGGAGAGCGGACCCCUCGAGGGCCACCAGAGGCCUCUAGGGACAAGAAGGGGAGCAGCAACAGUAUCCACCGACUUGGACUUGGCUCUGCCCCAGCCCCCUGCCGGCUCGGCCCCUGCUGCCAUUUGGGGAGCCCCCAAGACGAGCUGCCCAGUUUCGCCUCCUUCACCCCGCCCCUGCCACCCCCGGUCCCCUCCGACUGGCCCCGCCUCUCAGGGCCCUUCCUGCCCCCUCUCCCCGUAGAGCAGCCCUUCCCAGGAUCCUGCACGCCCGACGCCCUGCUCCCAGAGCCCGCGCGCCCCCCAGCGACCCGGCAUUUCCCGGGGCUCCCUCUGUUGGCCGGGCUGGCCCAGGGGGCUGGGGAGAGGCUCCGGCUCUUGUCCCUGAGGCCCGAGGGGCUGGAGGUAAAGCCCGAUCCCGCGAUGGAUCCCAGGGAGGGUUUCUCCUCAGAAAGGCGGGGGCCCAAACCUGGAGAGGAAAACCCCGGGUCCCGCGAUCUGGAGAACUUUAAAGCAGUGUGGCCCCUGGAUCCUCCUUAACCGGGGCGGAAGAUG